AUUGAGGGCGUGCACGUGCUCAGUACAUCCUCGUACCACAAAAAGUGAUGCAAGAUUUUAAUGGUUAAGAGUGAAUUACUACUGUAACUAAAUGCUGAUCAAUUUUAACCAAAGUGAAUGUGGUUAAGCCUAUAAAUGUCAUCAACGUUAAUCCUUGCUGGGCUUGGGAUAGCUGCUGCUGCCUAUGCUGGUCGUGUAGCACUGCAGACAGGCAAGAUAGUUGCAUCCAAUGCCAGCAAGAUACCUAAGCCAAGUUUUUCCAAUUAUUAUAAAGGUGGUUUUGAGCCAAAGAUGACAAAACGAGAAGCAAGUUUAAUAUUGGGUGUAAGUCCCUCAGCAACUAAAUCAAAAGUAAGAGAUGCCCAUCGUCGGAUUAUGGUGUUAAAUCAUCCUGAUAGAGGUGGUUCACCAUAUAUAGCAGCAAAAAUAAAUGAAGCCAAGGAAUACCUAGAUACAGGCAACAAAUCAUGAUAUAUAACAUGUUGAUGGUUGAUUGACAUCUUGACAAGUGAUUGAAUAUUUGAUGAGUCACUGACUGCUUGUUGAGUGAUUGACAGCAAUGACAUUCUAACGCUAACUGGAAACAUUUGCCAACAAAACAUUAAAACCUCAGCAGAGAUAAAUGUAACGGACAUCAUUGUGGAACCACUUGAUUUAACAUCACUGCAAGAUUGAGUUGAAAAUUAGUGAAAUAGUAUCUCCCAGACUGUGGCUGUUAUAGUGUAAUCUACCUCGAUGUCAUUGAAAAUAUUUAACUACCCAGGUUCUCCCUCAAUUACUUAUUGUUUUAGGGAUAAGCCUAUUGAAAUAAAAAUCCUAUCUAGUUUGUAGCUGAAAUUGCAAUCUCAACUCAGUGCUGACUAUCUUUUAAAAUUUCUAUCUUUUUAGCCAGGGGUUAACCAGCUAACACCUGAGGUGGAUUGCUGUAAAAUGGUCUUAACUGGUAGUUUUAACUCCUCGAAUAAAGCCGGCUUUAUCACUUAGAUGGUCUCGCUAAAGUCAUUGCUCUAAGACCAUUGCUAUAAAACAGUCUUCCCUAAGACCGCUUUGAGUGUUGAAACGCAAGCAUGAACUCCCCGGUAAUGUAAGAUUGGGGGGGCGACGUCAUGCGUGCUCGACGCACGCAAAUGUAUCGAAAUUAACGCAAACGUAGACCUAUUUUUACAGAUGCUGAGAAGCAUGCAGAAUAUUCGUCGUUAGUUCGGCUAACUGGUUAGAUGGCAGUAUAGCAAUGGUCUAUCUGCCCCUGCUUCAAACAGGAUAAAAUGUUAAGGCAGCUUUCCACUCGGCGAAUAAAAAGCGCUGGUCCAUAGGAAUUCACAUUUCUAUCGGAGUUUUUCUCUUCAGGAUUUGAACUGUUUCUACUGUUUGCGCAACCAAUUAGAGCUCAGGAAGCGAACCGACAAUUUUGAUUCAUGCAAAUGAAUUCGCCUAGUGCAAAAAAGCCUUUGCAUGGGGCUUGUCAGUAAAUCCCUACCAAGUUACCAUCGUCUUCACAUGAGUGAGCAACACGUAAAAGUUGGUGCAUCAGUGUGCGACACCACAGUAAAAGGUAACCCGAGUCUUGUGUUCACGCUAAACUUCUUAAGAGUUUUACAUGCCUCUUUGAUGUCUGUUUUUCUUGCAUGGAUAUUACACGUGUGCUACUUUUUUCAGUCAGGCAUUCACAUGGACAGAUUUAGCAGAUGUAUGCUAAAUUUUUCCUAUGAAUCAUGUGUGAUGUACAAAAACUGAUAAUAUCUAUGAUCAGUUGCUUUACCACUGCUAGAUAAUUCCAAACAGAAAACUGUACUUGUGUUUUUACCCAAAACUUUGUCAAUUUUAGUACCCUUAAGAAUGUUACAUUACAAUUUAAUAAAAUAAAAACACUGAUAUCACUUUUUGAAAA